UAGCGCGGCGUCUUACUUCCUGGCCAGUGCGUUCCACGGUAGCUCCGCCCCAUCCGGUAUAGCAGCAGGCAUGUCUACAGGGUCCAAGGUGGUCCUGGGUAUCUCGGUGGUCCUGUCCGUCGGCAUUGUGGUUGGGGUACACGUGAAGCAGAAUCUGGAUAGAGAGAGGCUGCGUUUGGGCGUUGUCCAUGACCUGGAGAGGCAGAAAAGAAAAGAGGAAAAUUUGCGUCUUUUACAAGAGCAGAUUGAAUUGACCAAGCAAUUGGAGUCAGAACGAGAGAAGACAUCAGUGAAUUCCUAAGAUGUUGUACG